AUGGAUAUAGUUGUCGAACGACGUCGAGAACCUCGAGCUGGAUCUGGAGUUGGGGAGAUGAAGUUGGAGCUGACACCCGGCCGAACGAGGCACGUUAUGCAGCGAUCUGCAAGGCAAUGUCGAAAGAUGGGGGUUCCCUGGUUGGCAACCGGCUGUCUGGUAAAGAAGGCGUAG